UUUAAACUUUCUUUUACAGUAUUUUAUGUAAGUAUUGGCAACACUGGUGUUGUAGCUAUGUGAUUUUACAUUGGUUUUAUUCGUAUUUGCGGGAUUAUACUCAUAUUUAACUAGCUAUGGCAGAUGGAAACUCAGCAGAAAAUGAAGGAUUAUCAGAUGUCUCGAAAUCUGAUGUCUCUACCGACACAACAAAGAGCCCAUCAAUUGGACCGUCUGUAGAAACAGAUAUUAUUGAAGAGCCACUUCCUUCCAUUGAAGACGUUGUACUCAUUGAUCCAGAAUGCUUAGAAUUAGACCUAAAUCACCAUCGUAUUGAAAAACUAGAAAAUUUUGAACCACUGAAAUGCAUUGAACGUCUUUACCUACGAUGGAACCUUAUUAAGAAAAUUGAAAACCUCGACACAUUGACAACGCUCCAGGAACUAGAACUCUACGAUAAUCAAAUCACUAAAAUAGAAAAUCUAGAUACACUAGUUAAUCUGGAACAGUUAGACUUGAGCUUUAAUCGUAUAACUAAAAUUGAAAAUUUAGACAAAUUAGUUAACUUGGAAAAGAUUUUCUUAUGUGCUAACAAGAUACCAGUUAUUGAAAACUUGGGUAUGUUAACCAAUUUGACUAUGCUAGAACUGGGUGAUAACAAAAUUCGUAAAAUACAAAAUAUAGAAAUGCUUGUUAAUCUACGUCAACUAUAUCUUGGCAAGAAUAAGAUAACCAAAAUCGAAAACUUGGACACAUUGGUCAAUCUGGAAUGCUUAAGUUUACAAGCUAAUCGUAUAGUUAAAAUCGAGAAUUUGGAUAAGUUAGUUAAUUUAAACGAACUUUAUUUAUCCGAGAAUGGUAUAGAAUUAAUUGAAAAUUUAAAUUCAAAUACCAAUUUGGAAACCUUAGACUUGGCCAAAAAUAGAUUGAAAUCAAUAGACAACGUUGCCGACUUGAAAGAAUUGGAGGAAUUAUGGCUGAAUGAUAAUGGCAUUUCAGACUGGAAAAAUAUUGAAAAUUUGAAAGAUAAUACAAAACUUAAAACUGUUUACUUGGAACACAAUCCCAUAGCCUCAGAUAAGAUGUAUCGCUUCAAGUUGCGUUCUAUUUUGCCGUGGCUUGAAAAAAUCGACGCUACCUUAUGUCGGUAAAAAAAAAUAUAUUAUUUUACGUAAUUAUUUAUGUACUAAUAACAUUCAAUAUGAAAAAAAUCUGAAACUUAAAAAAAUUCAUAUCAGUUUAGAGUUAAUUUUUUU